AUUUGUCUGUGUGUACUUUUAAUUUAUGGAUUUACAAUCAGAAAAUCCUGAUAGACUGAUAGACCUGCAGUUCAGCAGGUCUAUCAGUCAUUUCCCAGAAAUGAAUCAUCAGCCCUGAGGAGCUGAGACCGACUGGAGUCUGUAAACCUGAAGAAAGAAAAGAAAGGAAACUGCACUGAAGGCCACGAUAAAGUUUGGUGAUUAAAAAUGUUCCACCGGUUCAUCGGUCUGCUUUUGCUGCUCCUCAUGGCUGCCUGUUCAGCUCAGAGCACAGGGUCUGUAGCCACCAGCUGUGAGGCCUGUCACAGACUGGCUCGAUGCCACACCUCCAUCCAGGACAACGCUGUGGAGACUGUGGGCGUGUCCUGCCUCUGUGAGGACGGUACAGUGGGAGAUGGCUUCACCUGCUACAACAAAACCACCUGCAACGAUGGCUGCUGUGGCCAAGGCUACCGCUGGUCGCCGCUGCAGGGCUGCGUGGACAUCGAUGAGUGUUCGCUGCCCCGUCCUCCCUGUGGUCCUGGCCAGCUCUGUGAAAACACCCAAGGCUCCUUCACCUGCUUGGUGACCCCUGAUCCACAAUGGCACACUGCUACCAAAACCAAACCCCGCUCAGUGACGUUUGUCUGCGGGGGCGCACAGUGCCCUUUCGGUCAGGACUGCCUCCAGGUGAACGGCACAUUUCGCUGCGUCGACCCGUGUCAGCACUACACUCCAUUAGAAGACGCCUGGCGAGCCACAGACUUCAGGGUGGACCCAGAGUCUGUUGCCUGUGACAGCCGUACAGAUUGGCAGGGCUGGUACCGUCUGUUCAUCGGUAACAGCAGUGUUAAGAUGCCAGAGAGGUGCAUUGAGAGUCACAUGUGUGGGACCGAUGCUCCACUGUGGUUGCGAACCCCCCACCCUCUACAUUCUGAGGCCAUCAUACGGGCAGAGGUUUGCGGUAGCUGGGAAAGAGGCUGCUGCCAGUUUCAGUCCAAUCCCAUCCAUGUGAAAGCCUGCCCAGGAAACCACUAUGUCUACAAGUUCGUAAGCCCGACUCUUUGUCGGUUAGCUUACUGCGCAGAUGUCAACACCAUGGUGUGCAAUACCUGUGCUGAAGGUGAGACCUGUGUGAGCAACGACAAGAUCAACUGGAGGUGUGAACGUCAGGCUCUUAAAUCUCCGGUGAGGCUGGUAAAUGGUAACACACCAUGCUCUGGUAGAGUGGAGAUCUUCUAUAACAGCCAGUGGGGAACAGUGUGUGAUGAUGGCUGGGAUAUAAACGACGCCCAGGUGGUCUGCAGACAGCUGGGAUGUGGCCUUGCCCAGUCGGGAACUAGUGGCGCCAACUUUGGACAGGGCACUGGACAGAUCUGGAUGGAUGAUGUUGCCUGUACGGGUAGCGAGUCUGCGUUAUCCGAAUGUAGCCAUCAAGGGUUUGGCACUCAUAACUGCGGCCAUGGUGAAGAUGCUGGUGUCAUCUGUUCAGGUGAACUCAGUGGUUUUCUGGAGCCAGAGCUGGAGUGUGGACAGGACCACCUACGUCUGACGGUCCAGAAGAGGCUGCUGUCAGAACGAGGGUUGAACGCCUCCUGCGCUCACAUGAUCGACCCGGGUUGCCACCAGCAGGUCGACCACCAGGAGGCGAUGUGGUACCUGGUGGAGAGAAGGAAGGGUACCUGUGGAAACGUGGUGGAGACAAACGGCACCCACAUUACGUACUCCAACAUUUUGUUUGUGUACCCCUCUGCUCGGACCAACGUCUCACUCUCCAUCCCGAUGAGCAUCCCUUUCUCCUGCGUCUUCCCGCUGGAUGACAUUACCAGCCUCGACGCCGCCAUCCGAUACCAGCUGCCGAGUCGUAGCGUCGGAGUUGUGCGUUCAGGUGAACCCGCCAGAGCGUCGAUGACUCUGUACAAGAGGCCAGACUACAGCGAGCCGUUCCCCGCCGGCCCGGUCAGCCUGCCGCUCGGCUCCGCCCUGCACAUCGGUGUCUCCAUGGAGAACUAUGACAACAACUGCUUCGUGCUCCUGCUGGAAAACUGCUACGUCACUAACUCCCCCAGCGCUGACAAUCCUGUCAGAUACUUCCUGAUCCAGAACAGGUGUCCAGUGGACCGUCGUCAUGUGAAAGUGAUUGAAAGCGGCCUGUCGCAGCGAGCUCGCUUCUCUGCGCUGCUCUUCCUGUUCCACGGGACCUAUGAGGACAUUUAUCUGCACUGCAGGAUUAGCCUGUGUAACCGGGACAGCGCCCCCUGCAGCCCUAACUGUUCCAGACGUCGAGCUCGGUCCGCUGCCGCAGCCUCACCCAAUCAGACACCUGUCACUGUUGGACCAAUCAGCUGGUUUUGAGGAGCAACGUGACAUCCUGCUGGGAAUCAGACCUGCAACUCUUCAAACUUAAUUUUUCUGAUUUACUUCCUGCUCCUGAUUUGAUCUGCGAAAACUUUAUUAUUUCACUUUAUUCCAGGACAGAAAGACUGAAUGUCACACAGCCAGAAUCAUUUUCUCAUAAUCUGUGAAAUACAAACAACAUGAAACAAGCAGAUGAAACAGAAUAUUUUGUGAUUAUUGAACUAAAAUAAAGAGAAAACAUGACUGACA